CGGCCUGGGCUCGGCGCCCCGGCGCACUGGAUGUCGGUGCAGGCCAAGGACCUGGUGACGAACCAGCAGGUGAUCCAAGUGGACUCGUCGGCGUCGAUCGAGGAGGCGUGCGAUGCGCUGAUCGCCCACAAGAUCCAGUCGGUGCCGCUGUAUGACAGGGCGAGCAAAUCGUACAUCGGCAUGUUUGACCUGCAUGACCUGGCGUCGUAUCUGCUGGCAAAGCGGCCGCAGGGGCGGCAGGGGCUGGCGCGGGAGGUGGGGCAGCAGGGGGUGGAGGUGAGCAGGCUGACGGACAUGUCGCACAUGAAUCCGUUCUACAGCGUGCUGCCGGAGACCACGGUGGCGCAGAUAGUGGGGGUGUUUGCGUCGGGCACGCACCGCGUGGCGGUGAUGCAGUCGGAGCGCGAGAUCCGCGGGAUUCUGUCGCAGACGCGGGUGGUGCGGUACUUCUUCGAGCACUGCGCGGGGCCGCAGGCGACGGACCCGCAGGCAGUGCAGAUCAACGGGCUGCUGGACCGGACGCUGCAGGACCUGGGGCUGGUGACGGGGAACGUGGUGAUGGCGAAGCCGACGACGCCGGUGCUGCAGGCGCUGAGCCUGCUGGAGCGCUGGCACAUCUCGUCGGUGGCGAUUGUGGAGGACAACCAGCGGCUGGUGGGCAACCUGUCGGUGACCGACAUCAAGUACGUGGUGAAGAACAAGCAGCUGCUGCACGGCACGUGCAUCGAGCUGAUCCAGAGCGUGCGCUACAUGCAGGGGCUGCAGGACGGCCGCGACCGCGCCGCGGUGUUUUCCGUGCGGCCCGAGGCGUCGCUGCGGUAUGCGCUGAGCAAGCUCAUUGCCACGGGGGCCCACCGCGUGUGGGUC